AUGGCCGCUACCAAGGAAAUCACGACGCGGUCGCAGACCUCUGCCGUCACCAUUGACCCUGAGCAGACCCUCAAGGCCUCCAAGGCUCUCCUCGCCCACAUUCAAAAGUCAGCGACCGAGUCGGCGCAAAACUCGGACAAGAAGAAGCUCCUCGAGGACGAGGACGAUGUCGCCGCCCAGACGCCCAUCUGGCUGACGCUGACGACGAAGCGUCACAUUGCCGACACGAACAAGCUCAAGCCCGGCCGCGUUCCCGUGCCGCACAGCUUCCACGCCGAGGACUCGACCAUCUGCCUCAUCGUCGCCUCGCCCCAGCGCGCCUACAAGGACGCCGUCGACGACGAGGCCUUCCCUGCGGCCCUGCGCAAGCGCAUCACCCGCGUCAUCGACAUCAACCAUCUGCAGAAGAAGUUCUCCCAGUACGAGGCGCAACGGAAGCUCUACGCCGAGCACGACAUUUUCCUCGGCGACGAGCGCAUCGUCACGAGGCUGCCCAAGGACGUCGUCGCCGACGCGGCUGAGGCCGAGAAGCAGGCCGCCCUCGAGGCGCAGAAGGCCAACGUUGGCAAGAAACGCAAGUCGGCCCUCGCGGCCGGCGACGACGGCAAGGCGGCUGGCGGCAAGAAGUCCAAGAAGGAGACGGCCGAGGCGGUGCCCGAGGCGGACGACGGCAAGCUCGACGCGCAGAUUGCGGAGCGCAAGGAGAAGCUGAAGAAGCAGAAGGCCAAGGCCAAGGCGGCGCUCGAGAACUAA